AUGAAGUAUGAUGGACAGGGUUGUGUGAGAGCUCAUAUCAUGAACUUGAUUGACAUAGGAACGAAAUUACAAGAGCUGGAUAUGACAGUAGAUGAGGACAUGAUGGUCCAUUUUGCACUGAAUUCAUUGCCUAAAGAGUUUAAAUCUCUCAAGGAAACCUACAUUGCUCAGAAGGAGACCUGGACCUUGAAUGAUCUUAUUACUAUUUCUGUCCAACAAGAGCACAAUAUCAUAAGAGAAAAGGGAGCCAAAAUGGUCAACAUGGUUCAGACUAAACAGAACAAAGAAAACAAGUAUAAGCCUGCUGCUGGGAAAGAAAAGGAAAACAGUACAGAUAAGGCUUUGAAACCUACAACUGGAUUAGGUUGUUUCUUUUGCAAGAAAGCAGGACACAUGAAGAGAGACUGCAGGAAAUACAAAAAGUGGCUGGAAAAGAAGAAGGGAAAAGCUAAUUCCUUGCAGGAGUUUACAAGCAAGAGGCUGCCAAGCAAGGAUGAAGUGAAGGUGUUCGUGGGAAAUGGAGAAGAAGUCCAAGUUAAUUACAUAGGGACAGUUAGAAUCAAAAAUAAAGUUUUAGUUGGCAAAGCAAGUCUCAUUGAUGGAAUGUUUAGAUUAAACUGCAAAAGAACUGAAAUGGAAAUAAACACUGUGCAAACCAAAACCAAUGAGAUUUCCUUCAAAUUAUGGCAUAAAAGACUUGGACAUGUUUCAAAAGAAAGGAUAACACAACUGUGUAAGGAAUCUGUCUUACCACCAUUGAAUCAUGAAAACGAAGAUGAAGUUUGCAUUCCAUGUAUCAAAGGGAAAUUAACCAACUUAAGAAAGAAAGGGGCAUUAGGAAGCAAAGAUGAUUUUUCAAGAUAUGGAUAUAUCUAUCUCAUUAAAGAAAAUCAAGUGGUUAGAUCGGAUAGAGGAGGAGAGUACUAUGGAAGGUUUGAUGAGACUGGAAGGAAUCCUGGACCUUUUGCUAAGUUUCUUCAAGAAGAAGGAAUUAUAGCUCAGUACACCAACCCAGGUACACCUCAACAAAAUGGAAUUUCAGAAAGAAGAAACAGGACCUUGAAAGACAUGAUAAGGAGUAUGAUGAGCUGUACAAAUCUGCCAAUUUUUCUUUGGGGAGAGGCUUUAAAAACAGCCAACUAUAUUCUAAAUAGAAUUCCAACCAAAAGCAUUAAUAGAAUUCCCUAUGAAGUGUGGAAUGGAAGGAAGCCUAGCAUUAAACAUCUGAAAAUAUGGGGCUGUAAAGCAGAAGCAAAACCUUACAAUCCAGCAGAAAAGAAGUUGGAUCCAAAAACCAUAAGUGGUUUUUUUGUUGGCUAUCCUGAAAGAACAAAGGGAUACAGAUUUUAUUGUCCCAAACACACUACCAGAUUCAUAGAAACCUCAAGAGCAGUUUUUAUAGAAACUGACCAAGAAAUAGAUGAGGAAGAAAGUUUUAGUUUUGAAGAAAUAAUCUUGAACCAUGACAUGCCACAGAAUCCAAGUAAAGAAAUUGUUAGAUUACCUCAAAUGGAUUCAAUCAACACUCAACUCGAACACACUGAAGAGACCAAUGUCAAUGAACCUGAAAUUGCAGAACCAAUGGAGUUAAAUGACAAUCAAGCACCACCAGCAGAAAAUCAAGACAUGGCUCAAGCACAAGAAGUAGCAAAUCCAGAACCAAACUUGGAACUAAGAAGAUCACAAAGGCAAAGAAAACCUGCCUUAGGAGAUGAUUAUUUUGUAUACCUACAGGGAGUAGAACAUGAUGUGAAUAUCAUGGAAGAUCCUGCAACAUUCAAACAGGCCAUGACAAGUGAAAAGAAAGAAAACUGGUUUGCAGCAAUGAAGUCAGAACUGAAUUCAAUGGAGAAAAAUGGAGUCUGGAAGCUUGUGACCUUACCUCAAGGUUGCAAACCAAUUGGUAGUAAAUGGAUAUAUAAAACGAAACUGGACUCAAAAGGACAGAUAGAUAGGUAUAAGGCAAGAUUGGUUGCAAAGGGAUUCACACAGAAAGAAGGAAUAGAUUUUAAUGAGACUUUCUCACCGGUCUCGACCAAGGAUUCAUUAAGGGUUAUCAUGGCCCUUGUAGCACAUUUUGACCUCCACUUGCACCAGAUGGAUGUCAAGACAGCUUUCCUAAAUGGAGAUUUGGAAGAAGACAUAUACAUGGUGCAACCUGAAGGUUUUGUUCAAGAAGGGGGAAAGGACUUGGUCUGCAAGCUAAACAAGUCAAUCUAUGGAUUAAAGCAAGCCUCUAGACAGUGGUACCUAAAGUUCAACAAGGUAGUGAAAGACUUUGAUGACAUUUUACUAGCCUGCACAAAUCUCACCAUGUUACAUGACUGCAAGAAUUUCCUAUCUAAGAACUUUGAAAUGACUGAUCUAGCUGAGGCAUCUUAUGUUUUAGGCAUUGAUAUAAGCAGAGAUCGAAAGAAUGGGGUACUUGGACUAUCACAAAAAUCCUACAUAGAAAAGGUGCUCAAGAGAUUCAAUAUGCAAAACUGCACAGGAAGUGAUAUUCCUAUUGCAAAAGGGGAUAAGCUAAGCACUGAACAAGCACCUAAGACUGAGCAAGAAAAGCUGGAAAUGGUUGACAAACCAUAUGCUUCACUAGUUGGAAGCCUAAUGUAUGCGCAGGUUUGUACCAGACCUGACUUGGCUUUUGCAGUCAGUGUGCUAGGAAGAUUUCAGUCCAAUCCUGGACAAGCUCACUGGAUUGCAGGGAAAAGAGUGUUAAGAUACUUGCAAAGGACAAAAGAUUACAAACUAACAUUCAAAAGAAGUGGCACGCUGGAAUUACAAGGUUAUGCAGAUGCUGAUUUUGCAGGAUGUCAAGACUCCAUGAAAUCAACAUCAGGUUUUGUAUUCAUGUUUGGAGGAGGUGCAGUGUCGUGGAGAAGUGUAAAACAACCUUUGACAGCAGGUUCAACUAUGUUUGCAGAGUUUCUAGCAUGCUAUGAGGCCACCUCUCAAGCCAUAUGGUUAAGAAAUUUCAUUAUCAGUUUGAAUGUGGUUGAAUCGAUACACAGACCAAUUCAAAUAUGGAAUGACAACAGCGCAGCUGUUUUGUUUGCAAAAGGAAACAAAAGGACAAAGGGUUCAAGACUAUUGGAUGUCAAGUUCAUAAUAGUGAAGGAGAAAAUUGCUCAAGGCUAUACUAAUAUAAGUCAUAUCAGUACAGACAAAAUGAUAGCAGACCCUCUCACAAAAGGAGUCCCAAAUGCAGUGUUCCAUAGGCAUGUUAUGAGCAUGGGAUUAAGGAAUGAUUUGAAUGCUUAA